CGAUCAAAGUCAAAACCCUUUGAAUUCAUUUGCUAGUGACCGAAGAGUCGAGUAUGGAGUCAUGGCUUCCAUUGCUUGAUAUAUUCAGGAAUUCCACAUGUCCUGAAACAGAGGCAUCGCUAUGGCUACAAUCUUCCUUCAAUCCUUCGUCAAACCCGUCCAUCUCCAUUUCGAUUUCCACCGCCUCUUUCCUCGCUCUCCUAAUGCAGUCCACCGAAACCGACGUCGUCUGCUCUCCUUCUUCAUCCUCAUAUUCACUCCCUAGUAAACACAGGUUUAUGUGGCUACAGACAUUACCCAAUGCAGUCCAGGCUCGAAUUCUAUCAUUUCUUACAUACGAGCAUGCAAAGUUCAAUAAACAAGACUUGUCUAAACUUGCACGGGAUAUACUGUACAAUGAAACAGCGGUUGAUUUUUGGGUCAAUAAAGCUGCACACCAACUGUUUGAUAUUGUGUCUGACUCAAACUCCAAAUGGGUUUCUUCUUUCAAUCUCGAUUCCGAAGAAGAAAAGUUUGAAGCAAGUUUUGGAGCAGUGCCAGGGUGGCUUAAAGAUGCUGCUAAUUCCAAUGAUCCAAUUCUUCCAUGGCUUCCCAUUUCAGUUGACGAUUUGAACACAAAAACACCACAUAUCACAUCAGAAGACGAUGACUAUACAACAAUGGAAGUUGACGAGGGCAAAGAUGUAAAAUUUGAAAGUAUUGAAUCGACUCAUCUUGAAAUCGACCCCAUAGACCAUGAAACAGAAGAAACAGCUUUGUGUUUGAAAACAAGAAUAUUAAACAUGGAAUCAAGUUUAAAAGCUGCAGAAAUUGCGGAUGAUAUUCAAAAACUUUGUGUUAAAAGAAAGGGAGAAUCAUUAAAAGUUUUGGAUUUGAUUCAACCAUGGAAUGUAAAUGAUGAAGUGAUUCCGAUUCUGUUAUCCCAUCUAUUGAAUGGAAAAGAAGACGAAUUUGAAUGGACAAGUAAUAUCUUAUGCUCAAUUUUGCUUCCAAAGUUCUUAACACUUGAAAAACCAGCUUCACGUGUUCUUGUAAGUGCCACAAUCGACUACUGUAAGGUGCAUCAUAAGGCUGCUGUGUAUGCGCUUCUGUUUCCCUUAAUCCUUCACAAAAAUGGCAUAAAUAUCCCCAUUUGUGAUGUAAUCACAAAGAUUGUUAAUGAAUGCUUACACCCUGCUCACGUAUCCGCCUUCUGUCAAAAACUACUUUCUGAAGACGAAUUAGAUGGAAAAAGACAUAUAUGCCCUCCUUGUUAUCAGCAUUUAGUGUGUGAAAAACUGGUAUGGACUGAACCGUUGUUUACCCUUUUCCAGAAUAUCUUGAAUCAUAAUGUUCAUUUGAGUCAAGAUUCGGUUGACCAAAUUGUGUUAAAGAUUCAAGAAUUUGCUAAAGUUUUCUCAAAGUCUUUGAAAUUUGCAAACUUUUUGUUGUGUUUUGUUACAAAGUGUGGUUCUUUGUUAAAGAUUCAUAAAGUGGUACUUUCUGAAGCUGUUGGUGACACAUCGAGUUUUUUGAAAAAAUCGAUUUUGUCAAAAUUGGAUAGUAUUUGAUGUUUAUUGAAUUGGGUUUUUGAAAAUUUGGGGAUUAAAACUAGGGUUUGGUAGAUAUUGUAGC